UUAAUUUUUCUAAAAAUAGUGUGUUUCUGACACAGCAAUUAUUGUUUUUAUAAAAAAUAUUGCUAUUGUUAUUUGUUUUAUAUUAUAGAGUACAAAUUUUUGCUACUAAAAUGCACGUGAGUACUUAAGUAGACUGAAAGUGGACGUGAGAUUUUGCACACAAUUUAUAUUAUUAAUUCGCUGUUCGCAGAAGGACAAUUUGACGCUAUAAUUCCUUUGAAAUUGGUUUCUGCGGUGCGUAUCAAGCAGGAAUAGGCAUGGUGUAGAAGUGGGGCAGAAAAUAUUUAAGAAUCCCCACGAUAUUUUUUAAGAGUGGUAGUUUGAAUUUUCUGUCGGGAUGUAAGAGCUAUGAUUGAAAGGCAGGCGUCUAGACAUUGCGAUCGGCAGGCAGAAUAGCAGGAAAGCAAGACAAAUCCUAAAGAUCAAGCGUCAUCGGGUUUAGACCGGCAUACAGCAUGCGACCGCAUGGGCAUAAGGAGAUCGCAGUGAUCGCACCCGUAUCGGCUAAUAGACACAGACACAGACACGGUGUGUUCGGUAUUUUUAGUUAGUCUGUUCGCGACCGGCGAAGAAGUAGCGCGUGUGUUUAAAUAGAGAGUUAUGGUGAUAACGUCAACGUGUGUUGUGACGGUGUUUAAGAUCAACGGUCGGCACCGGAGUCGACAACGCCAGUGAGCAAGCAGUGCGACACUAUGUCCCAGUCAUGGUGAAAACGUUUCUGGGACUGUUAGCUGCUUCAAUUUGUGGUCUCGUAUACGCUGCUCCAUUAGCUGACUCUUGCAAUAAUCUGACCCCUUUUCGAACAGAUAGCACAACCCCUACUUCUUCAGAAGAGUCAUUGCUAGAGGAUCCAGCAGCACGCAACGAAAGAAGCACAAAUCUCUCUCACGUCACUGGUACCGCCAGAAAAAUACAAAUGUUCAUCAAGAAUCGACAUUUACAAAUUCUUCCUGACGGGACAGUCAACGGAACCACUGACGACACUAGUGCUUAUUCGAUAUUACAAAGGACGACGGUGGGAAUUGGUCAAAUGAAAAUUCAAGGUGUGGUUACCUGUCAGUAUUUGUGCAUGGCCAGGUGUGGAUUGCUCUAUGGAUCGAGAGAAUUUGGACAAGAAUGCGUAUUCAAUGAGACCAUCGAGCAAUCCAACUACAACACGUAUUCCUCCAGUAAAUACUCAAACGAGAAAAGAACCCUUUAUCUAGCACUGAAUCAAAGAGGCCAAUCGAGAAAGGUCGUCCUACGAGCCAGAAAACCACUUGGUAGAUUGUCCUCCUACACAUUAGUUCUUACAAGAAACGUAGCCCCAGAACUCCACCCAAUCAGACAUCAAGGCCACGUAUGCCUGCCCAUACCACACCCCAACCAAACGACGCACCCUUCGCAUCAACGCUGCCCAAAGAGAAGAAAACGCAAAAAGAAACGAAAAUGUACGAAAGACGAAAUAUACAACCCCAAAAUAUGUCAAAGAAUAUUAAGGGUUGUCAAACAAAAGCCGCACAAUACUCGAAAUGUUCGUAAGUGUAAUAAUGAAAAAGACAGUGAAUUGUGCCAAAGAAACGUGAACAUUAGAAGAAAACAGACUAAUUUAAAUAAGUUAACUACUGAAAAGUCGUUAGUGAGUGAUUCAAGAAAAAAGAGAAAAAUGAGAAAAGGUGUUAGGAAAAGAACAUCUUCGCCGAUCGAGACAACCACUAUACCUGUAACCGCGGUACCCACUACUACAACACUACCAACAGAAUAUACCACGAAUGACGAAGACUACGUAUCAGAUGGGUACACACAAGAGGACUGGGAAGCGUCCACUGCUUCUGCUUCUACCGACACAAAUAAUGGCUGUCUCCAAAGAUAAAUAUACUGUUCAUCCCAAUAUAGAAUUUCACUGACUUGCUCUUUUUUAAUUUAUUGUCUUAUUUAUUGUACAUAAUGUAAAUAAUUACCUGCAAGUCAAUAUAUCUCAUUGAGUAGAUC